AUGGAGGGUUCUUACCGCCGCAAUUUACCCGGCAUGUUGCACACGCCGUCUCCAGGUUCUCAAGAUCCCGAGAGCCCACUCCCCCCAUAUCUCAACCCUGGUCCAAACUACGACGAGCUUCUGCAGGCAGCGUCAGAUGGCGAUGCGAAUCGUCUCUUCACCACCAUCAUAACGGAAAUCAUGGAGGAACAAGAGGCCGUCUCUCUGUCGUCGACAUUUCCGAACCCGCCGCCGUUUUGGAAAGACUUCACCACUGACAAGAUAGCUCGCUAUGAGCAGCUGCGCAAGGAGCACGACGAGGACGACAGCGAUAAAACGACGGAAAAUGAAGGGUACAAGCCGCAGGCUAGAAUCAACAAUCUCCCAGAGGAGUUGAUUCAUCUGCAGCCGCCUGCGGAGCCUACAGAUGGCCGAUGGCGCGUAUUUGGUGACCAGUACAUGCUCAACGAUCAGCUACCGACCCUCGAAGAACAGGGCAUUACGAAUCUCCCAGCCUCCGGCCAGUCGAGCGCCAAAGACGCCAAACACUACGAUCGCGCCUUUGAGCUUAAGCGUCUAUCCAAGUCGCUGCUGCUCAACUUUCUCGAGCUGACCGGCGCGCUGUCGCGCAGCCCCUCGCACGCCGAGGCUAAAGUGCAGGAUCUGCGCACGCUCUUCAUCAACAUGCACCACAUUCUCAACGAGUACCGCCCGCACCAGGCUCGCGAGUCGGCGAUUGAGAUGAUGCAGGAUCACCUGGACCGCACACGCACCGAGACUCUCGCCAUACGAACGCAGGUCGAUAAGGCGAAACGUUUGUUGGAGGGCCUGGGUAGCCUGGGCAUCGGCGAGAGCACAUCUGCAGCAGCAGCAGGUACAGCUGGUGCUAGUGCUGCUCCUGGUGCAACGCAAGCCGCGGAGCAGCAGCAGACCACCGAAGCCGCAAACAGUUCAAAGGUCGACUGGGAGCAAGAGAGACGCAUUUGGGCCUCUGUGGACGACCUGUUCUCCUGA